GUCGUGAAAGUGGCAUUCAAUUUCAACCGAGUGAGGUUGAUGGUUUCCUCUUUGACGCUUUAAGAAAACUUUGCGUGGAGGUGUACCUAUUCUGUUACCGACACCCUACUAAGUAAAGGAAGCUUUUCACCGUGGAUGAAUCUGCGGGGUUUUUAGUGGCACAUCAUAGAAAAUCUCCUUUAGUAGAGACUGUGGUGGGAAAUGUAAAAGCACCGCGGAUUUCAAUCAAAUAUGGCGUCUAUUAAUAUUAUGAAUGCUUUGAUUGCAAUAUGUUUGGCCUUAUGUGGAUUGUCGCUGGGACAAGAUCAAAAUGGCCAAGAAUGUGUAACAGCCAAGCCCUGCAUUUGUUCUGGAACAAGAGUUAUCUGCAAGAGUCGUCAACUUCGCUCAAUACCUGAGGGGAUUCCUUUGCAAACGACCUCAUUGGAUCUUAGUAAUAAUCAGCUGGUGACCUUGAAUAUUUCGCAGCUUUCAAGACUAACAGACCUUCAAGAGCUUCUUCUUCAUGAAAAUCGGCUCAAAGAAGUUCCACCAUGGCAGGCUUUACCAUCUUCCUUGAUCCGCUUGUCUUUGCAUCACAACAAAAUAACGUCCAUCCCAUCACAAAAUGUCACAAAGAGACUAUCUUUACAAUAUCUGUUUCUGAGCAGUAAUAGAAUUUCAUACAUUGGGCCAAAUGCCUUUGCUAAUCUCACCUCAGUGCAGUCAUUGAAACUGAGCCGAAAUAGGCUGACAUCCAUUCCAGUUCAGGCCUUGAGUCAGUUAACCUCAUUAAAAAAACUAGAUCUCACAAAAAAUUGGAUCAAUGCUGUUGUCAGUCCUUUGAAAAGUCUAAAGUCUGUAGCCAUACUAAAGCUUUCAAAGAAUAAAAUCCAUACCAUAUCUAAUAAUGCACUCUGGGAGAUGUCCAAUCUGAGGGAAUUGUAUUUGGACAACAAUAAUCUAACAUUCGUGGCUACACUGUGGUUCAUUGGAGAUGGCAACCUUCAUAAACUCUAUCUGAACAACAAUCGCAUCAGCAAGAUUGAAAAAGGUCCUUCCUUUGACUGGAGAACAGUUCUUCUUCUGGGGGAUUUGAACCUGGCCCAGAAUGAAUUGUCCUACAUUCACAAGGACACAUUUGCCCAUCUUUUAACCCUGCAGAGUCUAAAUCUUGGCAAUAACCAGAUUUAUCAUGUGGAAGAUGGGGCAUUCUCUGACUUGAGCUCAUUGAGUGUGUUGGAUCUUAGAAACAAUGCUCUGUCCUCUAUUCUGGAAGGAACCAGGAGUGCAUUUGAAGGACUUAAAAAGUUGGUUCUGCUGAGGCUUGAUGGAAAUGGUAUCCCUUGGAUAGCAGCAAAUGCAUUCUCUGGACUUAAAUCAGUCAAAAGCUUGAACCUUUCAGCUAAUAUUGUAGCAUAUAUUGAGGAGAAUGCUUUCUUGGAGGCCAAUGAACUACAAUUUCUAUAUUUAAACACUACCCACCUUCUUUGUAACUGUGACCUCAGCUGGCUACCUAGAUGGAUUGAAAAGAAGGAAGAAGACACAGAAGGAUUCAAAUCAAACAUACAUGCUGUCUGCCUACACCCUAAACCAGUAGAAAGAAGAAGCAUUUUUAACCUCAGUUCAUCUGAAUUUGUUUGUGACAAGAAUGAUUACAAACCAGAGAUAACAACACAUCCACAAGGACACAAGGUUCUGCUUGGUAAGAAUUUUACAUUACAUUGUGUGGUCAGGCAGAGGAAUAGUACAAUCAAAGUUAACUGGACAAAGAACAACAAGCCUCUGGAAGGUGCAGACAUCACAAGCCAUGCUCAGACCAGUGAUGGCAAAAUGGUUACUUACAGCAGCGAGCUUCAUUUGGUAUCAGUGACAAACAAAGACAGUGGCAAUUAUCAGUGUGUGGCAACAAAUUAUUUUACACCUGUCCAGUCAAAGAUAGCUCAAAUCACAGUGCUUGUUUUCCCCAGGAUCAAAGAGAAACCGUCUGACACAUUUGUUAAAGGAGGUGAAACUUUUGAGCUGCGUUGUGAAGCUGACGGUUCCCCAGAACCACAGGUCUCGUGGCAAAAAGAUGGGGGUUCAAACUUCCCUGCAGCUAGUGAGAAGCGCAUAUAUUAUUCGCCUGAGAGGAAAGUGUACGUGAUUAGGAAUGCUCAACCAGCGGAUACUGGAGAAUACAUCUGUAGCGCAGCAAAUGAUGCUGGUUCUGUCAAUGCAUCAGCCUUUGUUACUGUCUUAAAAGCGCCGCACGUUGUGCAUCCUAUACGAAGUGAAGUUGUGGUGACUGUAGGUGACAAUGCGGUGCUGCAGUGUUUAGUCACUGGUGCUCCAGGACCCACAGUGACGUGGUUUAAGAGUGACAGGGUCGUAAAGAGGAGCAGCCGUAUUAUGUUUGCUGAAGCAGGCCAGGUGCUGGUUAUAACCGAGGUCAAGGAAGACGAUGGCGACAAGUACUCUUGCGAGGCUUCAAACUCGGAGGGAACUCUCAAGCAGAGCACAGAGCUUUAUGUAGAACCAGAAAAAUGCACGAGCGUUGGCACUACCGAAAAGACCAACAAAUCAAAGUACGUGAAGUACGAUAAGAAAACGUUUCUUGGAAUCAUUGUUGUUGUGGUGGUGUCCUGCAUUGUGGUUACAUCAAUGGUGUGGCUCUUCAUUCAGUACAAUACCCUUUCCUGCGGAAAGAAGGCGUCUCCAAGAAGACGUCCACAGCACGUGUCACAUUUUGAACCGGAGCUCUGUGACGAGGCGAAUGCGAAGGCUUUUGAACACGAAGGUAUCAGCUACAUUCCUUUAAAAUCGUCUAGUUCAAGUAGCACUCAAAACAGCCGCGAGUCGCCACGAUCGACGGCAACGUUUAUUACUUCAUCAGAGUCUGCGCAAGGGCCGUGUAUAAAUCUUGUGUCAAGCUCGGAAAACGCUUCGGGUUCCGAAGAGAAAUCGUCCACAGGCGACAAUGUCUCAUCGGAGAACUCGCUGAAGGGUAGUCAUAGCUCUUUGACAUCGUCAUAUCCUUCAGAUGCUUGUCUUUCCAGUUAUCAACAAGUGGUGACUUCAGCACAAAUUCAUGUUUCUGAUAGUGACUCCGAGAAGCAUAGGCCGUGUAAUACACGGAAAAAAUCUGAAACUGAAGAUCCAGGCGAAGGAGAUGGACAAAAAAAUCUAGGCUUUCCGAGGCAUUACCAUGAACAUACUACAUUGCUUCAGAGACCAUUGAGAACUAAUGACGACAACGUUUCCCUGCCAGAUGAUGCAAACAAAGAUGUUUGCGUGACAGUAUAUCCUCUGGCGGAAGCAGAUACGUCUUGCGUGACUGAUAGCGUAGGCUGUUCGGAAACGUAGCAUUUGUCAUUUUUAUAAUAUGAUAAAUUAUUGUAAUUAAUAUUAUUAUUAUUAUUAUUAUUAUUAUUAUUAUUAUUAUUAUUAUUAUUAUUAUUAUUAUAACGACUAUUAUUGUUGUAUAAAUAUGUAUAGUUGUGAGAAAACCAUGCGUCAGCCAGGCGACGGUUUUUUUAGAUAUGUAUCGGAGACAUGCUCAAGCUGGUUCUCUGGCAACUGUAAAGAUCCCUUUAUCGUUCGUGCAAGUGACAAGGUCCAUUUACCUCUAACAAAAUAAAAAACGACAGUGAAAACUUGA